ACCCAGGUAGCUGGGGUGAGCCCCAGAUCUUACCGCCUUGUGCUCCAACCUGUGCAUCCAACAGAGACACAGUCUGAACUUUAUGACCCAAUUCUGCCCACGCCCAGGGAGUUCUGCCUUUUCUUCUCUUUCGGUGUCUCCUGUAGUCCCCAAAAUUUCGCCUCCUCCUGUGCCCUCUUCGCCCCCCUCUUUUGGGGGCCCUGUGACCCUGAAUGUGGGGGGCACACUAUAUUCCACCACUUUGGAGACCCUGACUCGCUUCCCAGAUUCCAUGCUGGGGGCCAUGUUUAGGGCCGGCACCCCCAUAUCCCCCAACCUCAACCCCCAGGGAGGCGGCCACUACUUCAUUGACAGAGAUGGCAAGGCCUUCCGGCACAUCCUCAAUUUCCUGCGGCUGGGCCGCCUGGACCUGCCCCGCGGGUAUGGGGAGACAGCACUUCUCAGAGCAGAGGCCGACUUUUACCAGAUCCAGCCCCUCCUGGAUGCCCUGCGGGAACUGGAGGCCUCUCGGGGGGCCCCUGUACCCACAGCUGCCCUGCUCCACGCAGAUGUAGAUGCCAGCCCCCGCCUGGUGCAUUUCUCUGCUCGCCGGGGCCCACACCACUAUGAGCUGAGCUCUGUGCAAGUGGAUACCUUCCGAGCCAACAUCUUCUGCACCGACCCCGAGUGCCUGGGUGCCAUGCGGGCCCGAUUUGGGGUGGCCAGUGAGGACAGGGCAGAGGGAGGCCCACACUUUCGUCUGGAGUGGGCUCCCUGUCCCGCAGGACUCCCGGAGGUGGAGUACAGGAGACUGGGGCUGCAGCCUCUGUGGACUGGGGGGCCUGGAGAGCUACGGGAGGUGGUGGGCACGCCAGGCUUCCUGGAGGAGGUGCUGCGGGUGGCUCUGGAGCACGGCUUCCGUCUAGACUCUGUCUUCCCUGACCCCGAAGACCUGCUCAAUUCACGAUCUCUGCGCUUCGUGCGUCACUGAGCCCGCGGCCCUCUCGUCUGGCUGGGGUGGGGGGAGAGGAUGGACAGCAAAGGGAAUGAAGGCCCCCCUGAAG